CUUGUGAGGGUUUGGUAUUAACAGAGAUCAUUCAAAGCAAACUUAUUUUCCCCUUCCAGCCAGAUUUCUCUUAAUCUUUUUCCUGACUUCACACUCAGCUACCUUAUGGCACCUCAGAAGAAGCUGCAAGGCCUUGUGGCGGCCACCAUCACUCCAAUGACUCAAAAUGGGGAAAUCAACCUGUCUGUGAUUGGUCAGUAUGUGGACUAUCUGGUAAAUGAGCAAGGUGUGAAGAAUGUAUUUGUGAAUGGGACAACGGGGGAAGGCCCGUCCCUGAGUGUUCAGGAGAGGAAACAGCUGGCAGAGGAAUGGGUGGCCAAGGGGAAGGAUAAGCUGGAUCAGAUCAUCAUUCACGUGGGGGCAUUGAGUUUACCAGAAUCGAAGGGAUUGGCAAAGCAUGCUGCCGAAAUCAGAGCAGAUGGCAUAGCUGUCAUUGCCCCGUCCUUCUUCAAACAGGUGAACAAAGAUGGGCUUGUUGCCUUCUUGCGUGAGGUUGCAUCUGAAGCUCCUGGCAUCCCAUUUUAUUAUUACCACAUCCCUCCCCUGACUGGAAUAAAAAUCAGCGUUGAAGAGCUACUAGAUGGGAUGAAAGAGCAGAUCCCUACCUUUCAGGGCGUGAAGUUCAGUGACAAAGACCUCCUUGACUUUGGACGGUGUGUCAAGAAAAACAACCAAGGCCAGUUGGUGCUUCUGUACGGGGUGGAUGAGCAACUCCUGAGCGCACUGAUCAUGGGAGCAGACGGGGCAGUUGGCAGCACCUAUAACUACCUGGGCAGGGCAAGUAACUUACUUUUGGAAGCUUUCAGCAAUGGAGAUAACGUCUUAGCACAAAAAUAUCAGUUUUCUACUCAGGAAUUCCUCAGCUUUGUAAUUGCGCAAGGCUUUGGCGUUGCACAGACCAAAGCAGUCAUGACCUUGGUUUCAGGGAUACCGAUGGGUCCCCCACGACUUCCGCUGCUGAGUGCCUCUGAGGAAUUUAUUGCCAGAGUAAAAGCCAGACUGGAGGGCGUGAAGAAUUGCCCAUAUAGUUAACAUCAGUGUGGUCACAAAAGUGCGGUCCCUGUGACCAUCCAGUAUGGUUUGAAAAGUCAUCUGUGAGAUAUGCACUGACUGAACAACUUUCAUGAAGGGAUUUGUUCCCGUUCUGGCCAUCCCAAUGUGCGUCCUUUUAACCGUGACUAUAGGAAACAGCCCUACAGCAGCGACAAUUCUCUGACAAAGACACUAACUUCUCUGAAGAAGCACGCGCCACUGAAAUCGUAGAAUUCUUCCACAUAUGGGAAAGAGGGGGAUGCAAUGAUGGUUGAAUUGACCGAUUCUGAUGUAUUUCUUGCCAUUUUAUGUGAAAAUGUUGGGCAAUAUGAAUGUAAUUAGACCUAGCAGGCCUUAAUUUUGCUUUGUAUUUACAAAGCCUGUACACUCAAGAAGCGCCAAUAAAA